AUGAAUGUUCAUCACGAUGAAGAGUCAAAGUUCAACUCACAAGUUCACAACAUAACAUCAAGUCUGGAUAUAGAAACCACAAUCUGGAAUCUGGACCUCGAACUUCAGUCGCGAAACCUGAGACGAAAACCUCAGACAGAAAACCUCGAGACUGAGACCCUAAAGAAAGACAAAAGAAAGCUUUUGUUGUGGUUAUAUUUGUGCUGCAUUUGGAGGAACUAUCUCAGCCAUAAAGGUCAGAGUUCACCAGAAGAGCUGGAUAACAAAUCCAAUAACAAUGAAAAAGUAUCGACGACGGCAUCGAAGAGCCGAAAGAGUUCCAAGCCAAUCAUGGAGAAGAGAAGAAGAGCCCGGAUAAAUGCCAGCCUGGGUGAGCUGAAAGGUCUGCUGCAAGAAGCUAUCAAACGAGAGGGAGCUCGCCACAACAAAAUGGAGAAGGCUGAUAUUCUAGAGAUGGCGGUCAAACACUUAAAACAGAUACAGAGACAACAAACCGAUGAUCCUCUAACCGAACACUUGAUAGUUAACAAAUAUACGUUGGGUUUCAACGCAUGCGCACAGGAAGUGAGCAAGUACCUCGAAGAGGACGUGGAGUUGAAAACGAAGCUGCUGAAUCAUCUGGCCAACUGCUUAACUGGCGCGAGCGUCCAAAGCGCUGGCUGCAGCUCGUCAUCGUCGUCUCUGAUGGACACAUCUUCUAUGGCAACGAUGUCAACUCCCAUGUCACCGUUGUCCAUCGGAACGAUAUCCCCGUCUUCGACAUCCUUAUCACCAGAGUCACAAAGGAGUCUGCAGUUGGAUGCAAAAAGCUCGAGUCCUUCUUUUGUAAAAAGCCUGGAGUUUUCCAGUUUCGGCAGCCUGGAUCGCCGGGUUUCCAACUUUGUAGUUCCACAGAGUCUAGAAAUGAAUGCAGCGAACAACUCCAGCAAAGUGAUUGAGGGUUAUAGCACAAAGAUUGUAUCGACUCCACCUCUUCCAGCGUCUGUGUGUUCAUCUACGUCCGAAAACGCUUUCUCCGUUCUUUUAAAUUCACCCCAAGCUUCGUUCGGCAGACACGCCAUGGCAGAUUUGAACAACAACGGUAAGCCCGGGAAAGAUGUUCAUGAUAAUCAGCCCAUCUCCGAAAUAAACAAUAACAUUAUAACCAUUCCAACGGUGAUGGGGCUGAGGGGAGCUCUACAGCAACCACAGCAGCAGCUGCAGAUUCAGCCUGUCCAUCAAAUACACCAGCUGUCAGACAUUUCUCUCGACCACAACCAGCAGGCUAUUCUCCAAGAAUCAAAUAUUGUGAGCAACAGGCUGCAACUCAUACCUGUCAAAAUCGCCAACGGAGAAACCGCUCUUGUUCUCUCCACUGCAAAUAUCAUGAACCAGUCAGGCUACAGCUUCCAAGUUUACGCACCACAAAGCCAGCCUCAGAUUUUUGCUCAGCCUUUACAAAUCGCACAGAUCGCUGUGGCGUUUCCACAAGAAGAGCAACAGCCAACAUUGACAUACAUCCCUCAGGUCAACCAACCUCAUUCCGUUCUGUCCAGUGCCUUUAAUGCAACACAUUCCAAACCAUCCCUUGGUUUCUUAGAUAACCAAUCCGCGCCUCUAAACUUAACAGCAUCCAAUCAUAAAUCAGCAACGCAACAUUCCAGCCCGACCUCGACCCCUCUUUCAGUCGCAUCGCUUAACGCCAGGAGAACACAUGAACAUUUUCCCAUUUCAACAGCAUCGGCUGCCUCAGCGGAGGCAGCUUUCCCAAAUACAGAUGACCAAGACGUCCGAUACAACGAAUGCACUAGCACUACAGUGUCCAAUAUUACGUCUUCUCUAAGGAACAACUCUCCUGGACUAACCCACUUGGAGUCUGGUGAUUGCACGUCUAGAAACAUGGAUUCAUUCAACAGCUAUGUCCAACGACAGUUGUGUUCAAUGUCUGAAGACAUGUCUGCUUGCAGUGUUUCUACUUCUACUUUAGAUACAAUGAAAGGUUCACCCGUUCCUCACGACUUAAGGCAGGAAUAUAAGCCACAACCUGACGCAUACCAUGAUAAAAAGCCGGACUUUUUUCGACCCUGGUAGAAAUUAGUGGAUAUUUAGUGAAAAUCUAUCAUUGCAUGUCACUGGGAAUAUUUUUAAAGUACUUAUUACCAAAAAAUAAACUGCAAUACAAAUGCAGUACUUUUUUUUUUACCAACCACAUAGUAACACCAUUUCCCCUGUCUCCUACUCUUGUCUAGAAAUUCAAGGAUAUUUAAAACUUCAUGCCUGUCAUUUCCAGAUGAUAUUUUAAAGUGAUAAUUUCACCACUGACGAAAGUUAAUGGUAUUUCAAAAUGUAGCUUUCAGUAAAAAAAUGGUUAAACGGUUAGUGCUUCCGAUACGGUUAGGACAUUAAACCAACAAACGCACAUAAUGUUCUCAUUUUGAAGCGAUCUGACAUAAGGUGAAGCCCUAACACCAAACAGUUAAGACUUUGGGAAAACAAUGAGGACAAAAGUGUUCUAGCACUGCCUUUUAAUUUACGGAGUCGAAUAAUCACCACAGGCGCGUACACAAGUACAUAGUUCUGAAGUUAUACUUGUUUCAUGAGUCCAGCAGAUGUGUACACUUGUGAGAUGACACACAGACAGAGCAAGAGAGGGAACGUUUGAUAGUGAUCAAACAAAUACAAAAAGAACACAAAUCAUUUAUCAUCCACAAAACAUUCAGUAAUUAAUUUUUUUUGCACAGCAGUUAAGACAUUUACUCGAAUGGACCCAGUGCCGAGUAAAAGAGAAUGGAGGCCCUGGUCAGGAUUUUUGUGAAGGCUGUCUUCCUCUUUAAGUAUGAUACACUUUAUAAAAUAAAUCUAAAAACAUAUCAUAUUUUUUGAGAAAGAAUAAAAAUAUGUAUUAUUUAUGUCAUUUUUAUUAUUUAAAGUUUAUAUUUUGUUAAAUAGGUUAAUUUUUUAAAGGUGAGGCCCUGUGUAGAUGCAUUGUCUUGCACUAUGUUAAAUCUGGCACUGAAUGAACCAUAGGCAAAAAGAUACAAACUAAACACACUAAUUCUCUGAAAUGUUCGUAUUUUAUUACCUUUAAACUCAACAGAAAAAAAAAAUAAAGUGACCUAUUCAAUCAUCCGUAGAUACUUGACUCAGUUCUUUAGCCUCCACAUUGGAGCAUAGGACCGCCACAGUACUGCGCCAUCAUCCUCUGUUCUCGGAAAUUUCCCUCGGCUGGUCCUUUGCACUUUCUAUCUAUCAAACAAUUGACUUUAAAUCACUCUUACUUGAAAAAAAAAAAGAAAUCUUUACAGGCAUAAGGAAACUAUCCUACCGCUUUAGGCCUCCGAUGGGGGGGGGGGGAGACUCCCAAA